AUAUUGAAUUAUUCAACUAUUCCAUCAUCUACCAUCUAGUCGUCUCCUUGGUGAUCCAAAGACUUCAUCAUCUUCCUUCAUAGCAAAUUCUCUUCGUCUGUCUCAUACAUUUAAACACACAUAGAUAUACACUUAAUAAUCUUCCUUAAUUUUAAGAAAAAAAAACAUGGAGAAAACGCAAGAAUCGGUGGUUAGAUAUGGAAGAAAGAUAGAGAAAAUGCCGUUUCUUAUGCCCGCCGGUCGAGUUGUCUUUGCAACUGCGUUCAUCGUGUCUGCUUGGAGAGAGUAUUAUGGUUUCGGAGUAGCUGCCGAUGAGUUAAGACCAAAACUUGGUUUCUUUGAGAACCAGGCAAAGUACAUAGUUGCUCUUGGUAUAAUGAUGAAGUUUGUUGGAGGGAUCUUAUUCAUCUUCAACACCUACCUAGGAGCUUCGCUUUUGCUUGUAUACCAAGCCAUUUUGAGCCCGAUAUUGUACGAUUUCUACAAUCGCGAUUUUGAUAGAGACCAUUUCACCAUUUUCUACACAAAGUUCAAAGAGUUUGUGAACGAGACGGUGUCAGCUGAUGAUGGAGUGGCCAUGAGCCUCUAUACCUCUAUGGUUAACGAAGAAUCGCGCCAGAAAUUCUGCGAUCAGCUUAACGAGAUUGCGAGACUAGCCAUCUCGAAUCCUCUAUUCACACCAAGCGAGUUUAACACAUUGUUCAUUAGGUUUAUUAAGGGUGUUGGAGUAGUAGCUGUAUUGGCGUGCUUCAUUGCGAUGAAACAUAGGCAUGGGGUGCUCAUCAAGAAGACAAUAAUGAUAGAUAUCCCUGGAACACCAGGGACUUUGACUGGUUUAGUCUUGAGAAUUUCUCAGUGUGUUUUUGCUGCUGGUUCGAUUUCUUAUAUGGUUACUUCUGGUGGAUUCUUUAGCUUCACUGCUUUCUGCUAUCUAAUAGCAGCAAUGGGUUUGCAAGUCAUAUGGAGUUUCGGUCUUGCGAUACUAGACACAUUCGCCUUAGUGAGAAAGAAAACGCUUCUUAGUCCGGUUUUAGUCAGCCUAUUUGUAGUUGGAGAUUGGGUAACAUCGACAUUGUCAUUAGCAGGAGCAUCAUCAUCCGCGGGAAUAACGGUUUUAUACUUUGGCGAUUUAGGAAGCUGUAGUUUCGAAGCAGAGUGUUGGAAAUACCAACUCUCUGUAGCUUUAGCUUUCCUUUGUUGGAUCACAAUCGCCAUUUCUUCGCUUACUACACUCUGGUUACUUGCUUCCGCGUAAGUAAAACCGAAAAACUCUCUGUACAAUUCCCAUAUAUAUAGACAAAACAAAACUCAUUUGAGAUUUUUGAUUCUUUGUUUUGUUAAUAGAAUACCAUUACACCAUUUUUAAACUCUCAGUGUAUAAAGAUUACUCUUGUUU